AUGGAAACAGAGUGUGAUGUAAAUCCAUGGGAUAUACGACCAGUGACUCAAAGUCUGUCUUGCAAGUCAACUGUUCCCCUCCAGGUGCAGUUCGCAACUAGGCUGAAGAAAAAUUUCGUUAAAAAGUGUCUGCCACAUGAGGAAUCCUUGGGCGUAGAUACCACACCCAGAAAUUCAUCGGAAAGUUCAAGAGAAAAGGAGAAUGUCGUUAAAAAGUUGCAGGGUUUCAACUCACCUUGUGCAGAUAAUAGUUACCUACCUACCCAGUUAAAACAUAACCACACUCUGAAGGAAACUGGCAAUGUUUUGUUGCGUUCACCAGUUACUAACAACAGUGACACCUCGUUGUAUUCGAAUUAUCAUUGUCAAAAUAGUACUUACUUACAAGUGAAAUCAGCGAGUAAUAACACCAAAGGAGAUUUAUUUCGCAAACCUCUUCUUCGUCCUACUGCCAUUGAAUCCCAUAUGUCAUGGUCUGCAUCCACAAAGCGCGGAUCUUUGCUUGGUCAUCGUUUGGUCGACGAAGUAAGUCCCCUAGUAGGUGAUCACUCGGUAACAAAUCUGUCAGCAACCUGUCAUGAUCCUCUGAGCUCUACUGACAAUACUAACUCCCCCAAAAGUUCCGAAGCUUUAAAUGUAAAUGUCACUUCUGAUACCGACACAAACCUCACUGUAAUCAGACAUUCAGCAGACGAUACGGUGAGUAGGUUUGAAAAGAGUGUCUCAAAAUCCAACAGAAGUCUUCCUGUGCAUAAUUACGUAAAACUCAACCUGAAGAAGAAACAGUUUUGUAAAAAAGGAUCAUCAAGGCAGCGAGCAUUGAGGAGACAGGUAUACUUGAGUAAACUGAAAAAGAAGUUCAAGAAAGGUUCUUAUCAAAAGAGAAAUACUUGCUUUACUUGUGGAGCAACGGGUCAUUGGGCUAAUAAAUGUCCGCUGACCAUAAUGAAACCGAAAACUCCAGCUGUCAGCAAUUCACUUUAUUUACAGAAAUGUAAUGUUGCCUGCAAGACACUAAGUCUCUCGGAGCUGGAUGACCGAUACUGUCAACCACAUCUUGACGAUGUUUUUCCUGCAGACUUUUCAAGUGGUUCGCUAAGAGAAUCACAACUUGCAAUGUCUGUUGAUGAGUUAUCCCUCCGUAUGCAGUCAUGCUUAAAGCAGUUUGGAUUCAAUUCAUUCCGCAGUGGUCAAGAACUAGUCAUACUUCGUACACUUUUGGGUGUUUCCACACUGUCUGUAAUGCCAACAGCCUCUGGAAAAUCACUUUGUUAUCAAAUACCCGCAGUAAUUCACCAGCAAAUAAAUGGGAAGGUCGCCUUGGUUAUCUCGCCUCUUAUUUCUUUGAUGCAAGAUCAAGUAUUACCAUCUAUAGUGGGGAUACAAGGAGCUUACUUAAAUUCCAGUCAGUCUGCAGAUUACAAGAGAGAAACAUUAGAAGAGGCGCGCAGGGGUAAAUACUCCUUUCUGAUGUUAUCUCCUGAAGCCAUCGUGGAUUCUGAUUGGCUACUUCAAUCUGGAUCUUUACCUCCAAUCAGUUUUGUUUGCAUUGAUGAAGCACAUUGUUUGGCUGACUGGUCCAAUCAUUUUCGACCGUCGUAUCUACGUGUUUGCAACAUACUGCGAAGAUAUAUGGGAGUUACUUGUUUUCUGGGCCUGUCUGCAACGUGUACACCGAAUGUUAUUCAAAAUAUUUGUGAGAACUUGGGAAUUAUUAAUCCGACAAAAUUUAUUGGUGAUAAAAUUGAUGAAACGACAUUAUAUCAACCUGGUUAUGUUCAACCUGUUGUAACACCUCUACCAUCCCAUUUAACAAUAUCAGCAUCAAUGGAUAAUCGAAAAGAUGAAGCAUUGUUAAGGUUGUUAAUAAGUAAACCGUUUAGUCAACUGUCUGGUGGUGUGUUAAUUUACUGUGCGACAAGAGAACAAACAGAACGCUUGGCAUCUUAUAUUCGUACAGCACUUCAAGAAGUAGUCGAUAAGGUUGGACGAAAACGUAUGAGUUGGACAACAGCUGCAUAUCAUGCUGGUCAAACAACAAAUGAACGAUCUCGUAUACAAAAGAAAUUUAUGAAUGGUAAAAUACGUGUGCUAAUCGCUACUUGCGCUUUUGGUAUGGGACUGAACAAACCUGAUUUACAGGCUGUAAUACACUAUUCACUUACAAAAUCCUUUGAGAAUUACAUACAAGAGAUUGGUCGUGUAGGACGUAAACAGCAAGCGUCAUAUUGUCAUGCAUUUCUGCCAUCCUCUUUAGUUAAUGAUCCGUGUGAAGCAAAUAAUAUACGGCGACAUAUUUUUGUCAACAAUAUCGAUCUUGUUUUACUGAAACGUUUGUUAGCAUUAAUAUUUAAAGACUUUCAGUGUAUAUGUCGUCGACCUAUUGGAACUCAGAGGCAAGAUCAAAUGCCAUGUCAAGGUCAUGUGCAUACGAUUAAUCUCCAGUCUAUCAGUGAACAAGUAGAUAUUAAACCUGAAAGUUUAGCUACAAUACUGGCUUACAUGGAAUUGGAACCUGACAACCCAAUACUUUCUAUGCUGCAUUCUAGUUAUACAGUAGCGACUGUCGACUUUCAUGGAAAUGAUAAUGAAAUAGCUUAUGCUUCACAGCGUUGUUUAGCUAUAGCAAGUGCUCUUAGUUUAUGGCAAAAUGAACAAAUUAUAGAAAAUAAUAUGCUUGAUAAUCAAUAUCCUAGACAAUUGAAAUUAAACUUACCACAACUAUUUAAUCGUUGGGGUUGGAAACCUAAUGUAGUGAGAAAAGAGUUGAAAAAUUUAGAAUGGGAUUCAUUUCAAAUGAAUAACACUUCUGGAGAAUUCAAUAAAACUUAUCGUACUGGAAUAAGUGUUAAUUUUUCACAAUGGAAUUUAUGGUUAUGGAUUCAUGGAUCACAGGUACCAAUUACAAAUGAACGUUUAAAUACUUGUCUAACCUAUUUAAAUAAACGUUUACAACAAACUGAGAAAGCUGCUUUACACAGUAUUGAACAAUUGACAUUGACUUUAGGUACAGUUGCCCAACCGACAUUUGAAGAUGUCUAUCCUUUAGAGAGUAAUAAUGAUAUUAAAGUUAAAUUUUCUGAGAAUUUACUAGAAUCUAAUUGUACUGAAUAUUGCAAACAACAAUCAUUGGUUGUACAUGAAUUGAUUAAAUCACAUUUUGCUGGGAUCAAUCCUACCUUAUCAAAUGAAAUGUUAGUUAUUCUUGAAAAUUGUCGAUCUCAAUUUCAUUGGCCACCAAAUAUAACAGAAAGUCAAGGUGCUCAGGUGCAGUCUACAGUCAGAGACUUUUUACGUGUACAUGAAUCUAGUCUGGAUAUGACAAUCACAGGUCGAAUACUUGCUAAUAUAUUUCAUGGAAUAUCGACUCCUCAGUUUCCUGCUAGCACAUGGUCACAUUGUCACCGAUUUUGGAAAGCUCACAUGAAUAUAGAUUGGCCGACGUUAAAGAAGAUUGCAACACAAGAGUUAUUGAAUCAUUUCACAUGUACAUGA